CUGGGGCAGAGGAAGGUGACUAAGGUGGGGACUGCCUCUGCAAAACCAGUGCCUGAGCUGGAUGGGGCAGAAAGAAAAUCCUGACCCUUCCUUUGCUCCACCACCUGCCACCAGUUCUUUUGGGGAAGUCAUCUUGUCAUUGCUCUGCCCCAGGCCCCUUUUCAACGUCUCCUAAGCAGGAGACUCUGCAGCCUCCUCUCACUGCACUGGCUGCUCCGGAGUUGCCUCCCGUCUCACCGGCCCCCGUCCGGAUCCACGUGGGUCCUGUGGUCGGUGGUCUCAGGAGCUGCACACCGUGAUGGAGACUCCUCUGGAGAAGGCGCUGACCACCAUGGUCACUACUUUCCACAAGUAUUCGGGGAGAGAGGGCAGCAAACUGACCCUGAGUAGGAAGGAACUUAAGGAACUGAUCAAGAACGAGCUGUGUCUUGGGGAGAAGAUGAAGGAGAGCAGCAUCGACGACCUAAUGAAGAGCCUGGACAAAAACAGCGACCAGGAGAUCGACUUCAAGGAGUACUCAGUGUUCCUGACCACGCUGUGCAUGGCUUACAACGACUUCUUCCUGGAGGACAGCAAAUGACCGGGGCUCUCCCCUGUCCUCAUCAUCAGCCCCUUGCCCCUGACCUGUGCAGUGUCUUUCCAGACCCUCCUUGGCCCUGGCCCUCCUCUCCCUCCCACAUGGACCCUUCCAGCUGAGGAAAUAAAGAUUUUC